AAAAGCCCGCGCUGGGGUCCCCCGCCUGAGGGGCGGACUAAACAGCGGACUACGCGGGUCCGCCUCCUCCCGCCUUCGGGACUCUCUACCGAAGGCCUGGGCUCCCCUCGCAGACCUCGGGAGGCCGCUUUGUAGUUUUAAAGUUUAGCGGUCCCCACAGACUGCGCCUACAGCCCGGAGAGCUUCAGCGUCCCGGGCCUCGCUCGCGGCUUGAUUCCCUCAGGAAACGGAAGCGGGGCCUCUUUCAAAGCGUCUGUCACGUCCCACCAGCAAGGACCGUUUGCCACCUUCGGGGCACAGGUUUCUACGAAGAAUCGCGAGACCCGGGCGGAGGCGGGGUCGGACCUCGCUCCUCGCCGGAAGUGCGUAAAUGACAAGAGGGCGUGGCUUAGCCGCGAGGGUAGCGCGAGGUCCGGCGCUAUGGAGGAGCCGCGCAACUUCUCGGACAUAGACGGCGGUCACCUGGCUCUCCAGCGCCGCUGUUACUCCCCCUCCUGCCGGGAGUUCUGCCUCAGCUGCCCGCGGCUCUCGCUGCGCUCGCUCACCGCCGCCACCUGCUCCGUGUGGCUGGCGGCCUACGGGCUCUUCGCUCUCUGCCAGAACAGCAUGGUCCUCUCUGCUGCUAUCUUCAUCACUCUUCUAGGCUUGCUUGGUUACCUCCAUUUUGUGAAGAUUGAUCAAGAAACCCUACUGAUCAUUGGCUCUCUUGGCAUCCAAAUGACCUCAUCCUAUGCCUCAGGAAAAGAGAGUACAACUUUCAUUGAGAUGGGCAAGGUGAAGGAUGUUGUCAUCAAUGAAGCCAUUUAUAUGCAAAAGGUGAUCUACUACCUGUGCAUUUUACUGAAGGACCCAGUAGAACCACAGGGGGUGUCACAAGUAGUACCUGUCUUCCAGAGUGCCAAGCCCCGACUGGACUGCUUGAUUGAAGUAUACAGGAGCUGUCAAGAGAUCUUGGCACACCAGGAAGUCACGUCAGCAAGCUCAUGAGUCCCAUCUAGCAGACUUCCAUCCUGCUUCCUGUCAAGAUAAUCGCAGAAUCUGGAGCCACAGCCAUUCAUUUGUUUGGGCCAGUUGUGUACCACAUGGCAGCAUGGUGUAGUGGAGAAUGUGCUGGCUUGUACUCAAGAACACUUAUGUCUGAGUUCUCCUUCUGGGCCUUGUGUGUGAGCCCAGGGAAGUGCCAGACCUCGGAGGGCCUCAGGUAGGGCAGCUAACUGCCUUGGGAGAGGGAGAAUCAUAGCCACAGUCCAGAAUGACAAGUGCCAGAUCAUCAGCAAAACCUAGCCCUGAUAACCCACAUGGAAGUCGGGGAGUGUAGAGGACUAGAAUAAGUGACAGACUAUCCAGAUGAUAUCCUAUCUUUACCACGGAUCCAUUAUGUGAAGUUAUACAGGUCAUUUUGUUAGUUUUCCUUUCCAUAUAGCAGGAACAGUGUCAUAGUUUUAUACUACCUUCAGUACCUUAAAACUGUUUGUUGGAAAGAAGGAAUGAAUGUGAAAUGGACAUAAUUAUAUUCCAUAUCAUUGUGUGGGGAGAGGUAAAAUAUGAGGGAGAUGAGAAUGAGGUCAAGUCCUUUGGAAGAAAGGAGUCAGAUCAAAACAAGGAGGUAUUAUGAAAGUGAUUAUAAAUAAAACAGAACUGGGAAAAUUUAUGUGUUUUGCUUUCUCUUUGUAGGAAUACCUUAUGGAAGAAUUCUGAGAGCAGAAUCUUUUAAUCUACUUGAAGAAACUAGAAUGAUUCCUUUUUCAUAGCUCAUGAUUAGAGGGAAUGAGUGAUAAGUCAAAAAUUGAUGGCGUAUUUGCAAAACUAACCAGAAAGUCUCUGGUCUAAAGGUUCUUUUGAUAUCACCCUUGACCCAACUCUAGGAUGUGAGUUCCAUUUUAGAUAAUGCUAGGCAGUAGAGUUUGACAGAUUAAAUAAGUUGGUGCAAACCACAUUUCUUUAGAAUUCUAGAGGUUUAUUCUUCCCUAAGUAGUAUGUCCUAAGGAGUCAAAUUCUAGGUAGAAUUCUGAGGUUCUUCAUAACUAUAACUUCUCUCCUAUAAUGUUUGAGAGACUAAACAACUCAGAAUCAUAGAUCUGGAAGGGACUUCAGAAGCCCAAAAGAAAUUUCCCCCCAGUACUGAUACAUUGUUGGUGGAACUGUGAAUGGAUCCAACUAUUCUGGAGAGCAGUUUGGAACUA